ACAUAGAACGUUAUUGAACAAGUCUGCUGUUAACAAGAGAAAAACAAAUAUCUACAUAUCCACCUGUUACCCGGCGUUUUCCAGGCUGCGCAUCAGAAGCUGCUCUAAAACAUCUGCGCCUCUUUUUCAUUCGUGCUGUCGGGGCUUCUGAGGAAUUAUUCAUUGCAUCUUUCGGCUGUUUGGUGGAACAUGACGGUUUUUAUUUUUGCCAUGGCUCGGACAAUUUUAAACGUGCAUUCACUUGUGAAGUCGACACCUUUGUUUUUCUCAGCAUUGCCUUAAUUGCACUGUGUGAAUGGAAAGAUGCGUCUAAACGUAUUCUGUUGAGGACUGCUUUUUUCCGGAGAUAAAAUGCAUCGUUGUCGAGAUACGCCCAGGAGAGGGUCGAACAUCUUAUUCCACAAGCGGAAUGUUUAAAAACCGGUGAUACAGUUUUCAGUGAUAUUGCAAAGAGAAAAUACUUGAGACAUAUGUACUGUCUAUGCAGCAUCAUCACUGGCAAUUAAACACAACUGCAGCACCAACUGCAACAAUGACUUCAUUACGCAUUUAAAUACGAUUGUGGAUUAUUUUAACCUUAAUAUUUAGAUUUAGUAACAGUGUAAACCCCCCGCGAACAGUGGGAGGGUAAAACAUUUUCUUCUGGAACUUGGACCAUUAGCCAGCCGCCAAACUGGCGAUGGCCGCAGCGAUAGCCAGCUCCCUCAUUCGGCAGAAGAGGCAGGCGAGGGAGCGGGAGAAGUCGAAUGCCUGCCGCUGCGUUAGCAGUCCGAAUAAAGGAAAGGGGACCUGCGAGAAGCCCAGUAGGCUAAGCGUGUUCUCGCGGGUGAAACUCUUCGGGUCCAAGAAGCGGAGAAGGCGGCGACCAGAGCCCCAGUUGAAGGGGAUUGUGACAAAGCUGUACAGUCGGCAGGGCUUCCAUCUGCAACUCCAAGCAGAUGGAACCAUCGAUGGAACAAAGGAGGAGGACAAUGGCUACACCAUAUUCAACCUCAUCCCCGUGGGGCUUCGUGUGGUGGCCAUCCAGGGCGUGCAGACCAAGCUCUACCUGGCUAUGAACAACGAGGGCUACCUUUACACAUCGGAACACUUUACGCCGGAGUGCAAGUUUAAGGAGUCAGUGUUUGAGAACUACUACGUGACGUACUCCUCCAUGAUCUACCGGCAGCAGCAGUCGGGCAGGGGCUGGUACCUCGGUCUGAACAAAGAGGGCGAGAUCAUGAAGGGGAAUCAUGUGAAGAAGAACAAGCCGGCCGCACACUUCCUCCCCAAGCCCCUGAAAGUGGCCAUGUACAGAGAGCCUUCGCUCCACGACCUGACGGAGUUCUCCCGGUCCGGCAGCGGCACGCCCACCAAGAGCCGGAGCGCGUCGGCCAUGCUGAACGGCGGGAAGACGGUGAGCCAGAACGAGUCCACGUAGCCCAGCCGCGGGAGCGCAUCCCGAGUCCUCCGCUUACCUCCGGCCGCUUGCCACAUCAAGCAGACUUAACCCUCCCCCUUAACCAUCAUCAGCGGUUCAGGACAAAGACGAGAGCAACACGACACAAUUAGUUUACCAGUGCUCUUUCAAUCCACCCUGAUGGCGCCUAUAAGUUUUAAAAUCAAGCGUUAAAAUCAAGCAUAGGAAUAUCAAAGCCACUGAUCUUCUGUAGGCCUCUCUCAUUAAAAACAAAACCCAAGCCAUUUCACUGCCCCCUCAUUUAGUUUUUGCUGCAAAUGACCACUUUACUGAGUCCUGGUGGUGAUGUAGAAAAUACCCAUUUAUCUUCCCAGACAUCAGGGCGAAUGAAAACAUCGCUGCUUGGUUCAGCCGUUGAGAAGUGACCUGUUCCGUGUGUCAUCCGCGCUUCCUACGAGCCGAGCAAAAAGCUUCUCGUGUCGCAGUCUGCAGGAACUGAGGCCAGUGGGGUUGGCUAUCAUGCAUUACAGUGUUUAUGCACAGAGACAGAGCUCUAAAUAAGCCGCCAUUCAGCUUAUCUGAAGAAAGGGGAGGGUGUCAGGUCCUCGUAUUGAAGCUGUGCCUCCAUUUUGCUGGCUAAUUUACUGAAUUAGCCAGAAGCUAUUAUCCUCGUCCGUGUCUUCCCCUUCUCGCUGUCUGUAUAUAUGGCUGUCCCUGAGUGUCCACAGGGGUCCAGCACACCAAAGACAGGAGUGUACCUCUGUCCCCUAAAGCAGUUUGUAGAGGUCCGGCCAGAAUUGGUUGGUUGCCUUUGUUACUCUUCAGGUCUUAAGAAGAGAGAUGAGAAAUGAUGGCAACGCACGGUUGGGUGUAGUGGUUCAGUAUUAAAGGAAGUGUUUUGAUUGUUAUAAUUUCUGCAGUAUAAGUUGACUGUUCAAUGUUUCCCCCAUUGUUUGAAUCUUGUCAGGUUGUCUCUGUCUCUGUCCUGUAUUCUGUUAUCAAUAGUGCUUGUGUCAAGCCCCACCCCCACUCUUUGUUAGAAGUUCUCUGGCUGACUCUGUUUGCCAUACCGAUACGAUGAGGCUCCCAAACAGACCACUAUUUUGUGUAUGAAUAGUGGCGAUCAUUUUCUAUGAAAAAAGUUGAUACUGUGGAAUUUUAGGUGGCUUUACAUUUUUUAUAGUUUACGUCUUAUUUGUAAGGUGAACAAUUUUGGAAGAAAAGGAGAAAGGUCCCUUUCCUUUCUUGUACAGGGCAUGUACAAUUAAAGUUCUUGUAUAGUGCAAGGACCCUUUCUUCGUGGGCAAAGUACUUUUUUCCCUUGAUAUCUUCAUACAUGCUACAGGGAGGCUCCUGAUUCUGUUUUAGUUUUAUUUCAUUUUGGUGAACAUAUCUGUUGCAUGGGAGACAGCUGGGAUUUCAGGAAUAGAGCUGCAUGAUGUAGGCUAUGUGUAUUAACCCAUGUUGGAUCAUGUGUUCCAAUGCAUACCAGGAUAAAAACUGUAUGAUGUACAAGCAGGUUUUCAGCCUGAUACCUUCCAGUUGUUUAUUAUUUGUUGUAUACACAGAAAAUUGCACUGAAUAAAAUGUUUAUAUAAAGAUA